AUGCAGCAAAACGAGGAAGACGAAUUUGACGAGGAGUUUGACGUCCCUUUGCAUCGCAAACGUCCUUUCGGCGCAGGAAUUAAACGCAAGCAGGUUGAGUUCGUGCGAGCUCGCGAUCCCGAUGCUGGUCUCCCGACCGCGACAACGUCAACAGCAACUGUUAUCGGUGAUUUGUAUGCAACCGUCGUUCUGAAAUCUGAUCCUGAGAACAAAGACGCUAAAACAUCAAAAGAAGAAGCCAGAGAGGCUGCACAAAUAUGUCCGGAUUGCGGACUGGAUGUUUCAUCCACAACACAGCCCCAUGAGGCAGCUCUCGCUCAUCAAGUAUCACUGCAACACACACUACCCCCCUCAUCACUUGAUCGCUCGCGCAUGGGUGUACGGACACUCACAUCUCAAGGCUGGGAUAUGGAUGCACACGAAGGCCUGGGCAGAGAGCGCGGGGGCAUUCGACAUCCCAUCAAAGUAAAAGAAAAGAACGACAGGCUUGGAAUCGGUGCCACGACACCAAAAACUAUAGAGAAAAAGAGAGAGCCUAUGCCUUACCCGACCAACAAAAAGGAGUUGAAGAGGCAUAGGGCCAAUGAGCGACAACGACAUGAACGACUACAGCGCGAGGUUUUUGGGAGAGUCGACGUCGAAAGCUAUCUCAGAGGAGAUGGUAGUGAUGGAGGGUUACUAAAUCAUGACAACCAAAAGAAAACGAAUCAGGACCAAUCGAAGCAGGACAAGACACACUUUGCCAGGCACCUACUAUGA